AUGGAGAACUUCAUUGACAUCUGGAAGCAGUACAAGCUGCUGCUGUCUCGCUGCUCCACCUGUCUUGUUCAUCAAUCUAAUGAAUCUUAUCUUCUCACAGUCACAGAUGAGGAUACAGUUAAGAGAUACUACGCCAAGUUUGAGGAGAAGUUCUUUCAGACAUGUGAAAAAGAACUGGCCAAGAUCAACACCUUCUACUCUGAAAAGCUAGCUGAGGCUCAGCGGCGUUUCGCCACACUGCAGAAUGAGCUGCAGUCCUCGCUGGACGCCCAGAGAGAGAGCGUGGUUAACAGUAGCGGCCUGAGGAGGAGGAAGACAGUGUUUGCCCUGUCGCAGCAGGAACGAUGUAAACACAGAAACAUCAAGGAUCUGCAGCUGGCAUUCUCCGAGUUCUACCUCAGCCUUAUACUCCUGCAGAACUAUCAGAACCUAAACUUCACAGGUUUCAGGAAGAUCCUAAAGAAGCAUGAUAAGAUUUUGGAGACGUCAAGGGGGGCCGACUGGAGGGUGGCCCAUGUUGAAGUGGCUCCAUUUUACACAUGCAAGAAAAUCACCCAGCUUAUCUCCGAGACUGAGGCGCUGGUCACAACAGAGUUGGAAGGUGGUGACAGGCAGAAGGCCAUGAAGAGGCUGAGGGUACCUCCCCUUGGAGCUGCACAGCCUGCACCUGCUUGGACCACGUUUAGAGUCGGACUUUAUUGUGGAGUAUUCCUUGUCUUAAUGGUUACAGUGGUCAUUACAGGAGCUGUGAACUUUCUUAGUGCUGAUGUGUGGCCCAUGGUCAGGAUCUACAGAGGAGGAUUCCUCUUAAUAGAAUUUCUCUUCCUGUUAGGUAUUCACACA